CCUUGUUGUAUACGAGGUAAUAUUGUGUAAUAAUGCUCAGUUUGGAUUGACACUGUCGAAGAGGUAUUCAUUUACUUCUACGUAUAGUUGAAGUUACCAAUGGUGGAAUGGACUAAUAUAAUGGCAUUAUUGUACCGCAUGUAACAUCGUUAUUAUGCAUCGUAAAAAUUCACAUUUCGCUUAUUUUUUUUUUUAGAGCGAAUUGGAAUCUAGGGAACGUGAUCUCAACACAUCUGUCCCGCUACCCCAAGCCGCAGCUUGUGCGUCGUCCAGAAUUGUCAGUUUCGGCAGCUUGCAUUUUCGAUAAAUGAUGCUUGUUUGAAAAAAAAAUGGCACAUGUUAUUAAGAUCGCUCCUAUCAUCUGAUUUGAGCUGUUCAUUAUCCGUCUUUGGUGAUUAGGUAAAUGUGAUUAUUUAUUGACAACUUUAUCGCGUGGAGAUGUGGAGGAUAUGAUGCUCCUCCCCGAGGAUGGGAUCUUUGUUGGAUUAUCCGAUGAGGACCACAGGCAGCAGCUCGGACGGGACAGAGGAUUCGGAUUUCUCCGCCGACCUCGAGCCCACCGAAGCAGUCGGGAGCGCGCAACGACGUAACAGCGCGCGCCCGACUCGCACGUCCCUCCGUCUCAGCCGAAGCACAAGAGAAAACUCGGGCGCCGCACGAAGCGGCUCUCCUGCGCCAGUGGAGACGGCAGCCUCCGCGUGUUCCUCCAGACGCAGGAGCACGCGCAGCCAACAGGGGGCGACAAACGCCACGGCAAAAAAAUACCCACUGCGGCAGGGCAGGUUAUCCGGCUCGGAUAGCGAGGUUCAUCAUGGCGCGAAGCAGGCAGCGGACCGCGACGAGACCCCUCCCCGCACGCCCAGCGGCAACGCCCCGUCUUCGGAGUCGGACGUCGAGACGCCCAGCCCCGGGAAUAAUGACCCGGUCUCUGGCGGCGAGGACGUGGUCGUUUCUCAAGAGGAGGAUGAGAGAUUGGCCAAGGAGCUGUCGCUCAAAGAGGCCGCCGCUCACGACCUCUCUCACCGGCCCAAACGGCGGCGCUUCCACGAGAGCUACAACUUCAACAUGAAGUGUCCCACGCCUGGAUGCAACUCACUGGGUCACCUGACGGGGAGACACGAAAGACAUUUCUCCAUAUCGGGGUGUCCUCUAUAUCACAACCUGUCAUCUGAUGAAUGCAAGGGCAAGGUGUCAACUCGCGAGAAACAAGCCGACGAAAGGACGCUGUCUCACCGACAGGAUGAGAAUAGACAUUCUGCGAGAAAUCAGACCCCAACAGAACGUCAGCUGCGCUACAAGGAGAAGGUGACGGAUCUGAGGAAGAAGAGGAACGCCGGGCUCAAUAAGGACGAGAAGGACAAGUGCACGGAUCACCAUCAGAGCCACGGGAUGAGUCGGGAGCCCCUGCUGGAGAACAUCACCAGCGACUAUGACCUGGACCUGUUCAGGAAAGCGCAGGCACGUGCCUCGGAGGACCUUGAGAAGCUUCGUCUGGCCGGCCAGGUGUCGGAGGGGAGCAACAUGAUUAAAAUCAUUGUGUUCGGACGCUACGAAUUGGACACGUGGUACCACUCGCCCUACCCGGAGGAAUACGCUCGCCUCGGGAGGCUCUACAUGUGCGAAUUCUGCCUCAAGUAUAUGAAGAGCCAGACCAUCUUGCGCAGGCACAUGGCCAAAUGUGUUUGGAAGCAUCCUCCGGGGGAUGAAAUCUACCGAAAAGGCAACAUUUCAGUUUUUGAGGUUGAUGGCAAGAAGAACAAGAUUUUCUGUCAGAACCUGUGCCUGCUGGCCAAACUCUUUCUGGACCACAAGACUUUGUACUACGACGUGGAGCCGUUCCUCUUCUACGUGAUGACGGAGCUGGACAACACAGGCUGCCAUCUGGUUGGCUAUUUCUCCAAGGAAAAAAACUCUUUCCUAAAUUACAAUGUGUCCUGUAUCCUCACCAUGCCACAGUACAUGAGGCAAGGCUACGGCAAGAUGCUCAUCGACUUCAGUUACUUGUUGUCAAAGGUGGAAGAGAAAGUGGGCUCGCCGGAGCGACCGCUAUCCGACCUGGGCCUCAUCAGCUAUCGCAGUUACUGGAAGGAGGUGCUGCUGCGCUACCUCAAUAACUUCCAAGGGAAAGAGAUCUCCAUUAAAGAGAUCAGCCAGGAGACGGCGGUGAACCCGGUGGACAUUGUCAGCACGCUGCAGUCCCUCCAGAUGCUCAAAUACUGGAAGGGGAAACACUUGGUUUUAAAACGACAGGACCUUAUCGACGACUGGAAAGCCAAGGAGCGCAAACGCGGUCACGACAAGACCAUCGACCCCGCAGCCUUGAAGUGGACGCCGCCGAAAGGAACGUAGAGGAGCAUCUUUUCACACACCCCCCCCCAUUCAAAAAGCGGCCACACCCUCUCCGGCGACACCGGCAAGCACACACGCAACAACGUCAUUGUUUUGGUUCUUUGCACUCACUCCACUUCCAAGAAAGCUUCCGUUGCUUGCCUCUUUGGCUUCCGUUCAUCAUGGUCCCAUAUGAAGCUCUCGGGUGUCCUUCAUUGAAAGAUUGUCAGCCUGAAGAAGAAGAAAAUGUAGCAUGCGGUCAUGUCGGGCGUGUGACCAAUCACUGCCUCAUCAACCUCUUCCUUGUAUUCCCCGGCAUAAAAUGUGCACUACUCUUGAUGAGCUCUUUUCCAAAACCUUGUACGUCCAUUUUAGAUGACAUAUUGGAUUAUUCUGACUGAUGUACUCAAACGGACUCAAGCUUGUUUUGUCCUGGGGAGGGAAAGGGGGGGGGGGGGAUUAUGUGUAAUUCCAUUCUGAUCAUAUUCACCAAAAUUGAAAAGUAUGUACACAAUGAUUGGCAUGGGGAGAUUGAUCUUUUUACUCUUUUGGGAGGGUGGUGGUGGGAUGGUGUUUGCUUUCGUUUUGGAAAAGAGGGCUUCAAGAAACACUUUUUGUCAAGAGGCCGCAGUGCAGGUUCAAAUCGAAAACGUUCUCAAUCAGAGUCGGCGUAACCUGAAAUCAGCCGGACUGAGCUUUGACUGGAAAAUACUUGAAAAUAAUUGUUGAGAGGAAAAUUUUGCAUCUUAUGAGUCAUGUUUGAAAAGACGAGCGUUCAAAUCGGCCAUGUGCGAGCUUUUCAUGGUUUCCCGGCAAAGUUCUUCAAUAUUUCAUCAUUUUCUACCUCUUAGGUUUCACCACUGUAAAAAUGUUGAAAUAUUCCACAUUUUGGUCCUGUGUGAAAUAUCUUGUUCCAUCUUUUUGAUUCGAUUUGUUGAAGGACGUCGUGUUAUUUAAGUUUUAAGAAUGUGUCGAGUGUAGAAUAACAGUGACGGGAUUCUCCCAUGUGAAUUUGAAAUAUUGGCGUCAAAAUAUGUUUAAGGUUGGGAAUUUCUUGAACGCUACUGCGCAGGGAAAAGUCAUUUACAUUUCUGAGCAUUUUUCUGUAAAACUGGAUUGACAAUGCGAGUCCAAGUGCCGUAUUCCAGAAGAAAGCCUUCGCCUUUUAUUUUUUUCAACCGUAAAACGCUUCCAUGAACAGGGUAGCUGAAGAUUUGCAAUUAGACGUCAAACACUUUCCUGUUGCCGUCGACGCAAAGAUGUGAGCGCGAAAGCAACAAUUGUUCUUUUCAAAGCUUUUUCAGGAAGCAUUUGGUGUUUUUUUUUUUUUGUCUUUAUUGGACUGACUGAUUUUGGACGGACGUACAGUAGAUGUUGGGACAAUUUGGAAAGAGUUUAGAAGAGGUUAAUGAACAAAACCUCAAGCUAGCAGUUAGCAAAUUGUCCUCGUUUGGCCUGCCUUAGUUUAGUAUCAAACUCGUUUUCAAACGCUCCUUAGAAAUAAAUGGUUUCGGGAUUUCAGCCCGAGGGUAAUGAGCAAAGCGUUGUUCUCGUGAAACAAACAAAAAAACACAUUUGCGCAUUAUUCUCGGAGUUGCUCCCGGUGCUAUCGCUCAAUUAUCUGAACGUUUAGUGGUACCUUCCCAUUGUCUUCUGAAAUUCUGUAUUGCGCCCUCAAAUGUUUUGUGUUUUUAUUAACCCCACCGAGCAUGUAAAAACGAUUCUUAUUUAUGUUGUCACUUAACACAGGGUCAGGCGGCGCGCGUGUUCUCCAAACAUGGUGCCUCUCUUAACAAGCGUUGCCAAGGUUGAAAUGUCUUUUGUAGUCGAAUUGAUUUUACCUGUUGGGUUUCUGUGCCUCUCAAAUGACAAACAAUGGCCACGUUUGGGGAGCGGCGGCUUCAGAAAUCCUUUAGCUUUGGUUAUUGACAGAUGUCGAGUGUGCUUUUUCAUCCGGAACCAGCGAUGUCAUCCCCCAAUUUCAAAGCGGCGCGUUCCGUAUUCAUCGUGACACGGCGAUAGGGCGGCAGUGCAAGCUAGCUUAAGCUUAGCAUCGAACAUGUAGCUCGUAACUUUGGCGUUCGCUUCCGCCUUCUGCUUCCUCUUCAAUAAACUCCUGAGCUUUC